GCCUUUCAGCUUUGAGAGGGGUUGAUAAGAAGAAUGUCCAAAGGCAGCGUACCAUCCAAUUUCUAAAUCACUGUCGAACUUUUCUUACCCUUUGAGGUGGGUCAAAAACUGUCAAGACAGCCGGGGAGAAUCGCAUUGAUGAUAUGGCUGUGUCCGACUUACCCCUGAAGCGCGAAAAAGGCGAUAAUACCGACGAGUCGUACAAAUCGCCCAAACGCGACAGCGUCAUGACGGAGAAGUCUACUCGAUGGCGAGAAGUCAAGGAAUAUGUUACCAAGAAGGAGGGGUGGUUUGGCCAUUAUGACUAUCUCUACCUCGUGACACCAAAUGUGUGGCCCUUGAACAAGAUUUACAAGGAUCAUGAGCCCCCAUUCUACGGCCUGAACGACGAGGUUCCUAUUUUGUUAACCAUAGUUCUCGGCUUACAACACGCUUUGACAAUGAUCGGAUCCAUCGUCUCUCCGAUUCUUGCCCUCGCUGGCGGUGCUUUCCACCUGGACAUCGCAACGACUGAAUAUCUCGUAUCGGCCUCGUUCAUCACGACGGGCAUCGCGACAGCCUUUCAAGUAACACGUAUUCAUAUCGCCAAAACGCCGCUAUUUAUUGGGACUGGACUGUUAUCCGUCGUAGGCCCAACAUUUGACAUCAUCGCCAUCGCCAUUGCCUACACAGCCAAGCUGUACGCCAACGGCUCUUGCUCCACUGGCCCGGACGGGACCCAGCUCCCAUGCCCCGACGCCUACGGAGCCCUUCUUGGCUCACUGCUGUGCACUGUAUGGAUCCAGAUCGGCAUGUCCCUCGUCCCGCCGAAGCUGCUGAACAAGGUUUUCCCCAAGCUGAUCACAGGCACGCUGCUGCUCCUGGUCGGCGUCUACCUCAUCGGAAACGGAACGCAGAAUUGGGGCGGGAGCAGCAGCUGUCACGACGGCGAGGGCUUCUACGCGCUCUGUCCUAGCGUCGACGCGCCCAAGCCUCUGCCCUGGGGCGAUCCAAAGCUCAUUGGGCUUGGAUUCAGCGUUUUUGUGACGAUCGUGCUGGUCGAGUUCUUCGGGUCACCGCUGAUGCGAUCCUCCAGUGUCAUCUGUGGGCUGGCGAUGGGAUGUGCUAUCUCGGGCGCGACAGGAUACUGGAGCCCCAGCCAAAUAGAGCAGGCGCCCGUGGUGACGUUCCUGUGGGUGAGGACUUUCAAGCUCUCGGUGGACGGGGCCUUGAUCCUCCCGCUGCUCAUCAUGUUCAUCUGCCAGGGUGUGAGCACAAUGCCUGACAUUCUUGCAACCGCCGAAAUCUCCGGCGUCGAAAUCGAGGGCACCCGUUUCAACAGCCGGAUUCAAGGAGGCAUCCUCUGUGAUGGCUUGGGUAGCCUGUUCAGCGCGCUCGGCACAGCUGGCCCGAUGGUCGGUCAGGCUGGGAACAACGGCGUCAUUGUGCUGACGGGAUGCGCGAGCCGGAGGGCAGGUUGGUGCGCGUCUGGGUUCCUCAUAUUAAUGGGCAUCUUUGGAAAGUUUGGUGCCAUUUUCGCGUCUAUGCCGCCGUCCGUCUUGGGAGGAAUGCAGGUAUUCCUAUACAGUACUAUUGCUGUUGCGGGAGUGCGCGUACUGGCACUGAUUUCUUGGACCCGGCGCAAUCGCUUCAUAUUGUCGACAUCCUUGGCCAUCGGCUUCAUGGAUAUUGUGCAGCCGACCUGGUUCAACCAAGUGCUCGACUACAGUGGCUCCAAUGUGCGUCUAUCUGGCUUCUUGCAGGGUGUCAAUCUGAUUGUGGAAACGCCUUUCAUCAUUGCCGCCGUGGUCGGAGUGUUUUUGAACCUCCUGCUGCCGGAGAGGGAGGUAAGAAGCGGGCGAACGAGAAGCCUGGCCGGUAGGUUGAGAGAGAGCUAG